CGGACUACGACCACUUCUUUUUGUUACACUCUUGAGGAAGGUAUUUGACAUUUUUACUCUCAGUUCUCCAGCCAAGGAAAGGAAGGAAAAUCCUUUAUCAAUGUCGAGUAAAAUCAGGUCAUUAUUUCAGGGAUUCCGGUCCUCUCUAGAUGGGGAGAGAGGAACGUCUGGAGGUUUCUCCGGUGCCAUUGCCCGUAGCGGCAGCCCUACCAGCAGCACAGACACGAGUGCUCGUGACUCGAGUCCAGUGGCUAUUCUAAGAAGGGCUCCGCCAACCCCACCAGAUGAAAAAGAUAACCGCCACCAUUUGGAAACUCUUCAACAGAGCAUUCCUAUCAAUUCAAAAAAUUCCUCCUCCGAUAGCAACAACAACCACAAUCACCACGAAAACUGCCGAAAUUGUGAGAACAUGACAGACCCACAGCAAAUCGAAGUGAAUGGGCUUGCUCAUGCCAUAUCUCACACACUUAGCCUGUCCAAUUCGCCCACCUCCGUUUUCCACUCUCCGGUGGGCUCGUACAGCUCUAGGACUACGCUCAACCGACCUUCGGGAAAACAAUUGAAACCGUUUAACACGCAGGAUAUUAAAAUUGUGCUCUUCGAAAACGUUAACAUCGCGGCAAGAGAAAUUUUAGAGUCUCAAGGCUACCAGGUUGAAUUUCACAAGUCUUCCUUACCAGAAGACCAGCUUAUUGAAAAAAUUCGGGAUGUUCAUGUUAUUGGAAUCCGCUCAAAGACAAAGCUCUCUGCGAAGGUGUUGCUAUGCUGCCAAGCACGGUAUCUCGGUCUUCAACUCCCCGUUCAGUAAUUCCAGAAGUGUUGCCGAGCUUGUCAUCUCUGAGAUUAUCGCUCUGGCGAGACAGCUCGGCGACCGUUCGAUGGA